UCAAACUCACAGAGAUCCACCUGCCUCUGCUCCCGAGUGCUGAGACUAAAGGCGUGUGCUACCAACGCUUAGCAAAAUGAGCACGUUUUUUUUGCCAAAUUGUUUCCAGGGUCCACUGAAACCCAGAACUGAGGGACUAUCUUUUUCCUCUUCAGGACUCUGGAGGACUUACAGCUGCUCCCUGUGAGCCUUGGGAAAAUUGACCUCAACCUCCAACACUUCAGGGGUGCUGCCCAGUUACCCUGGCAGUGGCCACAUUGUGAGGUGGUCCGGGUAACAGACAGUGUGGCUGGGGUGGGAGGCAACAGAGGAGUUUGGGUGCAGUGACAUCAUCUUGGGCUCUCCCUCCCCUCACACCCUGCUGGGGCUUUCUAUCACUUACCAUCAUGGGUAGCGCCUACCACUGGGAGGCUCGGCGUCGGCAGAUGGCCUUGGAACGGAGAAAGGCACUGAUAGCACAGCAGCAAGAACAGGAAGUAAAACAACAGGAAGAGAAGAAACAGCAGUGUGAAAACAAAUCCCAGCCAUCCCAGGAUUCAAAAGGGCCUCUUCCGCCACCAGCAAAGCAGAAGCCACCACCCGAGCAGCCACAGGAGCAGGUACAUCCACAGCCACCACCUGGGCCAAAGCCACCAAAGGAGCAAGACCCUCCCACACAGAGCACUUUCAAGGACAAUCUCCAGAAGGAUACUCAAAGGCAAGGACCAGCAGGGGCCCAACAAGAUGGGCAGCAACCCUGUAAAUCUCGUGAUGGACCCACAAUCCUUUCAGGUUAUGGUGAGUGUGCCACCCGGGAAAGGAGGUGAUGAGAGAUGCCCCUU